AUGUCCUGUUCGCACAGCAUCCUUCCUCAUGUUUCUACAAUAUCAGGAUCUGUUUCAUUUUUAAGCUCGUUCAUAGCCCAAAUUCCACAGGUUUUGGAAACUUACGAGGACAAGACUGUGGAAGGGCUUUCCCCCUACUUCCUCCUUGCCUGGUUGCUUGGGGAUAUAACAUCACUUGCCGGGGCAGUUUUGACCAAACAGCUUCCUUUCCAGAUUAUUCUUGCCCUCUACUUCUUAACCAACGAUAUUUUUAUCUGUGGCCAGUACUAUUACUAUGGGGUUCUGCACGAGAAUAAACUGGCUACCCCAGGCCACGAGCACAAAGAUGCCGAGGAAAGAAUGGCUGCAGUAAGAAGCCGGACCUCUGAUGUCUCCAUAAAUGCCGCCUUAAACAGGAGAUCGUGGUUCGCCGGCAUUUUGUGCAUGAUAACAGGCGCUAAUGGCUCUCCAAUAUCAGUCGGUAUCGAUAGUAAAGGAGGAUCCAAUUUCAGUGAACAAGCGGGCACUGUGUUGGCAUGGAUAGGUGCUCUGUGCUACGUGGGGGCCAGAAUCCCCCAGUUGCUGAAAAACUAUCAGCGCAAGUCUACGGAUGGUCUUUCACCCUUUCUCUUUAUCAAUACUCUUCUAGCCAACACCACCUACAACUUGAGUAUUUUUACGAGCUGUGAGUAUCUGGAGAGUCUUGACAAGUGGGAUUUUGUGAUGAGGGAAAUGCCCUUCAUCGUAGGCAGCGCGGGAACUGUAUUGUUCGAUCUGACCUAUUUCUACCAGCACUACAUUCUAUAUUCAGAGGACAUGCGUCUACGGGAGCUGGAAGGCCGCUUGGGUGUUGAUCCUACCACUCGCGACGAAACCUCGCCUCUGUUGAGCUGA